CCGAAUAAACUCGUGGGUGCGUCGCGAUUCUGGGCUGUUCUCAUUGGGAUCGAUGCGUAUCCGGAUUCAGCAUUACGUGGAUGCGUGUCGGACGCAUUGUCAAUGGAAAACUACCUUCACGAGGACCUUGGGGUACCCAGAGACCGUUUCCAGCUUCUCCUUGGUCCGAGGGAGCAAGUUUAUCCCAAAGGCUCUGCCAUCCCAUCCCGCAAAAAUAUCAUUGAUACGCUUCUUAGUCUCAUCACCAAUCCGAAUAUUGUAAACGGAGACAACAUUGUUAUAUAUUUUUCCGGACACGGAUCGAACUAUUCGUGGUUUCAUCACCACUUCCAGGAAUCCUCGAAUUCUGAUGGACCUAUAGACGCCGUUUUAGCAGCAGGAUCCGUCGAGGCGCUUUGUCCUAUUGAUCGCAAUAGUCCUGAUGCAAAUGGUUGCCCCAUCCCCGACAUCAGUGACCGAGAGAUUAAUGCCGUCCUCUCGGAACUUUCACGCGUCAAGGGAAACCGGAUCACACUCAUUCUUGACUGUUGUCACUCAAGCAGUGCCUCCCGUUGCCUAUCUGAGUCAGGAAUUCGCAGCGUUACUCCGCUUCCUCGUAGAUGUUUCAGAGAUAUGCUCGUUGCUGCGGAUGAGAAGCUGAAACAGUUCCCUUGCCAUCGAUCGGUUUUUGCAGAUGAUUGGCGCCCAGAUACGGAGUCUCACGUACUUCUUGCGGCAUGUAGGGAGUACGAGUACGCGAAGGAAAUGGAAGGGGAUACAGGCUUCAAUGGGUUUUUCACAAAGUCCCUAAUUCGCACCCUCACGUCUGGUUCCGUGACUGAGAAGUCAACAUAUGUUGAUCUUGUUGCUGCUCUUGAUCGAUCAGGUCAACAGACACCAAUUGCUGCAGGAAAGCACAGGAAUUCGAAGUUGCGGUACCAGAUUUAAUCAUAUCUGUCGUUUCCGCUAAACGUUAUUAUUUCGAAGACAGACGUGACACUGACCUCAAGUUAAACUAUACCACCAGGGUCCGUUGCGCAAAUGCAUAGGUACCAUACUGUUGUUACU